GGUGCAGACAUGGCCAAGUCCAAGAACCACACCACGCACAACCAGUCCCGAAAAUGGCACAGAAACGGCAUCAAGAAACCCCAAUCACAAAGAUACGAAUCUCUCAAGGGGGUGGACCCCAAGUUCCUGAGGAACAUGCGCUUUGCCAAGAAGCAUAACAAGAAGGGCCUGAAGAAGAUGCAGGCCAACAACGCCAAGGCCUUGAGUGCACGGGCUGAGGCCAUCAAGGCCCUCGGAAAGCCCAAGGAGGUCAAGCCCAAGAUCCCAAAGGGCGGCAGCCGCAAGCUCAGUCGACUUGCCUACAUUGCCCACCCCAAGCUUGGGAAACAUGUUCGAGCCCGCAUCGCCAAGGGUCUCAGGCUCUGCCGGCUAAAAGCCAAGGGCAAGGCUCAAACCAAGGCCCCAGCUGGUCCUGCAGCUGCAGCUCCGCCUCCAGCUCAGGCCCCGGCUCCCAAAGGUGCCCAGGCUGCCACGAAGGCUCCAGAGUAGAGGCUUCUGUCUGCCGAUGGAG